GGUACAGCCCGAGCCCAAAGCAAGGCCAAGCGUACGCAAGGCCGAGCCGUGUCUGUCGGGGGCCGCAGGAGUAGGAGGAUAUGAUCAGAUGUUGAGACAGGCCCGACUUGUUGAUGAAAAGUCCACGUCGUGUUCACUUAUUCCAUUCUGAGGAGGGCCUUUAGAAAGCAGUACAGACAUAAGAGUGAUCAUUCACUUAUUCUGAUGAAACACUGACCUGAAAUAUUGAAUUUUGUAGCGCUUACUCGUCUACGCGGCGAGCAGCUGAUGUAUUUUCGCUGCGCCGUAUGUGGCGCGGCAGAUAUCAUGUCGAUGCACACAUGCUGCAGCUGCACGCGCAGCAUGCAGCGAAGAAAACAAGACCUUUGACGUUUAACCCCAAUAUUUGCAAAAACAAAACAUAAACGCAUCCAAUUUGGCCAGCGCGGCAUGCAUGGAUAUAUAUGCAUGAACGAAAUCGACAGACACACCCACGUCCACACACGAGUAUACGACAAGCAGAUUGAAGAUUGAUAUCUGUCAACUUAGUCCCAACAGCUCAGCACCCUGGCCCUGGCCUGGUGUCACAGUUGAAUGAGUCUGGACGGACUGGAGCUGGCUUGAUGUAUGUGUGCCUAGCCUGCAUCUGACUAGACUUUGAAACCUAAGCAGAAUUAAGCCCGGAGCAGAAGUAACUGCACUGCAUGUCUAACUGAGACUGAGACUGAGUGAGAGGCUGAGCUGAGUGAAACUGGCUGAAGCCAGCUCGGCUUGGGAAGACCAUUGAGACUCCAGCACUUGGUUAAGAGAAAGAAAUUAUUACCGGCAGAAGGCAGGAUGGAUCAAGAAGGGGCAGUGGCAUUCACCAUCAAGACAGGGGCCAGUGUAGACGUUACUCCUGGUGAUGAUUCUGAUAAUGAAAGUGAAAUGAUGAUGGAUGCGAUGGUGGAGCAAGAAUUGACGGCUCUUCAGAAAGAUUUCGACCGAGCAUCAACAUUCAUGACUUCGGUUGCUGCGAACCUUGGAAGUGAAAAACUGUUGUACUUUUACGCAAGGUUUAAGCAGGCAACAGUUGGAAAAUGUAAUAUAUGCAGGCCAGGCAUGUUCAAUUUCCAAGGGAAACAAAAAUGGGAUGCAUGGAAUGCCUUGAAGGAUAUGAGCAAAGAACAGGCCAUGAUGGAAUACAUCGAAGCCAUGGAUGAAGUGGACCCAGACUGGAACUCAAAGGUCAAAGGCCACAAGUCCGUUUCCAAAGGGUUAGGAGUCGGAGUCAGUACUAUGCUAGCUGAAGAAGAAGUGGAGUUGAGUGAUCAAGAGAAAUCCAUUUUCGACUGGUGCAAAGAGGGUGCGGUGGAACAAGUGCGACUUCUUCUGUCUAGGGAGGACAGUAAUAUCAACCAGGUGGACGAGGACGGACUGACGUUGCUUCAUUGGGCAUGUGACAGAGGUCACCUAGAGGUCGUGACCUUACUCCUUGAACGAAAGGUCAACGUUAAUGCUCCAGACCCAGAUGGCCAAACCCCACUUCAUUAUGCCUGUACGUGUGAACACCUCUCGAUCAUUGAAGCUUUGGUCAAGCACGGUGGUAGUGUGAACACCAAGGAUGCAGAUGGGAAUGUGCCUGCAGACAACACAUACAGAAAAGAUAUUCAUCAAUUAUUAGAAACAAACUAUGAUGUAACAUGAUAGUUUUUUGGGUUUUUUUCAUAAUUUCAUACAAAAUUGUUUAUUAUUGUAAAGAGGAUGAGGCAUUGUACCAGUACAUUGAGAGAGAUAGAAUUCUGGGGAGGUAUUCUGAACAUUGUCUUUUCUCCAUAUUUUAUCUUUUCUCAGAGAUAUGACAAAAUCGAUAUUCUGGUGGAUGUCAUAACUUUUGUCACAAAAAUUGUCAUAAUUUUUUUCUCUUCUCUUUAGCGCGCACCAAAAAUAUACUGCCUUAUAUGCGUGUAAUCCUUUUAUACAAGCAAAAGAUAUGACAAAGUUAUGACAGGGGGGUAGCAGUCAUAAAUUUUGUCAUAUCUUCAUGUACCAAAUAACCCGAUACCCUGCCAACUGAAUGUCAAGCAUAUAAUGAUAUUAAUUAGAUUAGAUUGUGGUAUUAGUUUCACUCAUCAUCCAUGACAAUUUCCAAAAUGAUUUUUUCAUGCUACAAUUAGUUAGGCAAUACAUAUUAAUUCCUCCCCUUUUUCUCUGUUUUCCUUCUUUUUCUAUUUCUAUUCUAAAUCCUUCAUAGCUCCCUGUCUCUCUUUGUAAUUAAGCGCAUCAAUAUAUGAGUAGUUGUGCGAUGCCAGCAACUUUAUUGGGGAAACGCCCUACCUGCCACGGGGCGUUCCUAUUGGCUAAAAGGCUCUCACUGGGAUCUAACGAUGAUUUCAAUUGGUUUGCUGCUGAAAAGAUGGCCGGGAACUUAGAGAGAUAUGACAGGGAAAAGACAAUAUUCAGAAUACCGAUUUGUGACAAUCAUAGCAGUGUCACAUCUUGGAGAGAAAUGACAAAAGUUAUGACACCAUUCCAGAAUACCACCCCUGCUUUCAUAGCAAAUUUAAAAUUGUGUUCAGAUGAAAAAGAAUGAGAACAUAUUAAAAACAAUAUGCUUUGUUUUGAUUACUGUCCCAGGGAAAUAGGUACCAAGGAGAAAACCACAAAUCCCUGAUAAUUAAGUACUUGGCCUGUGAGAAAGUUGUUCCUGCCAUUUGUCAUAUAUUACUUGCCAAGUUGCCAAUAUGAAAUUUGCACAGUCUGAGGGAUCUCAAUUUUAAAACAGCCACAACUUUCUUAUUGUUUGAUUUCUGUCAAUUUUUCAUCGUUCUGAUGAAACUAUCUUUCUCCGCUCUCGCACAACAUUUCAUGACCAAGGAUUUUAGAUAAAUACCAGAAAAGGAGUUCGAACAGAAUCCAUUAAAAUGUCCACCCAAGUGUUUGUAUGUAUAUGAAUUAAAAAAAAUGUGCCAAAUGGCUCUGGAAGAAAAUGUGUAAUAGUCAAGAAACAAGCAAAAUAAGAACAGAAUUCCAUAAUAUGUUGGGUAUUUUGCCCAACUAUAUUAAUUCACUUUCCCACAUGUGCUUUCUUGUGUCAGUGAUCAUCAGAAUUACCAGUUUUCAGCUAAGAUUUAAUGAUUUCACAUAGAUGAGUUCAUUUUAAUGUACCAAACUAGAUCUAUAGUAAUAUGGUGGCAUUUAACUUUGAUUUUAAAGACUUUCACAUGAAAUAAUUGUUCCCUGCAACUACUUUCUUUUACCUUUAAUCUGAAUUGCUUCUUUUGUGUUAUGGAGCCAGGGUGAUGUUUCAUAAAGCUGUUUGUAAUGUUACCCACAAAUUUACGAAUGAUGGAACAUGUUCUAAGGGGCCAAGUCAGCUACAUAGGGAUAUACCAUUUAGCGCGGGAAAGGGCCACCAGUCGUGCCUAAAGCCAUGCUUAAAUUGUUGAUGCCAAAUGUAGCAAUAAAUAAUUCAAUCAUUUUUAUAUGUUCUUGAUAUUCCAAACAGAGUUAAGAGUUACCUAUACUUUACUAGAUUGUGAUAGACAUAUAUAGAGUGAAGUAUAACACUAAAGCCCACUGCACACUGUGCGAUUCGUUGCAGUCCGAUUUUCAUAGAAAUCAUAAUAACAGUUGAUAUGAACAUUCCACCCAAUAAAAUCUUUAAGAGAUGAAAAUAAUGGUAGUACUGAUAUCAAAAUUCAGUGUAGUUCGAACCUCCCUGUAGGGAUAAAAGCAAAUUCAAUUUAAAAUCGCAAUGACAUCAUCAGCUGCGACUUCAAGCUGAUUUGGACUUUACUCGGACAAAAGGGAAUGCUGCAAAGCAAAAUUAUUAUUUCAUUCCUACUAACAUUAUGCUAAACUUCAAUUAAAGUAAAUUUUUGUCUUGGAACUCUCAUAUUUAAUAUCGACUUGGGGGACCUGCAUGUUAUGCUGCAGUCGGAGGUCACAUGGUUAGGUCAAAGGUAAUUUUCAAUUCAAUGUUAAAGUAUACAUGCAAGACUCUCUUAUGACACCUAACUCCGCAACCGUAAGUAGAUCACUUUUCAACAAAACUUGGAUGGUAGAUGUACUUACGUAACUUGCAUGUUAUGCUGCAGUUGGAGGUCACAUGGUAAGGUCAAAGGUCAUUUUCAGGUCAACAUUAAAGUUUACGUGCAAGGCUCUUAUUCCAUCCCAGUCAUUUUACAAUGAAGUUUCGAUACAAUUCUGUUGCGUGCCCUCGCAAAUCAUGAUAUUUUUGGUUAUAUUCAUCAGUGGGCGAGACACAAAAUCGCUUUUGCCUUGUAUUUCUAUGCAGCGGCGGAUCCAGGACUUGGAACUACGGGGGCACGAAGAGCAAAUUAAAAGAAAAAGUCCAGAUGACAGUUUAAGAUUUAGUUAUAUGGAACAUGUACGUUUAGUGGGUGAUUCUCAAGUUAUGGAGGGGGGGAUCAACCCCAAGUUCCCCAGCCUGGAUCCGCCACUGAAAUGAUUUUGGCAAUGUAAUUCAGGACAUUCCAUACCGGAAUGCAUUUUCAAAAAUUAACUUGCAUUUUUACGACCUUGUGGUUAAUGAAAAUGCCUCACCAGCGCUGGUAUCAAAAGAGCCAAGCAAAAGUCUGCUAAUGGCAUUGGAAGGAAAGAGGGAAAAAUUGUGAAAGUUGCUGGGUGUAUUUCAUUGAUGUGCUUACUAUUUCUUUCUCUAUUGUGUUCUGGGGACCGGUAAUUCCAGAUGUUCAGGGAGAAAUAAAACUUUUUUUCACUUGACAAGGAGAAAAUUAGAAUAUUUCAUAUAAUAAAAUACAAAAGAAAUAGUGAGUGGGUGACCUCAUCAGUCUGCCAAUUUGCAUACCGACCAGAAUGUGCAUAUAACUGUUUGGUGAAAUUAAGCGAAACUUUAAAAUGUCAUAACUUUCUUAUUUAAACACCCGAUUUUGAUGAAAUUUUCAGUGUUUUGCUCGUUGGAUUUUUCUCCUUUUUUUCAAAUCAACUUUUUGUUGGGGUGGACUUGUCCUUUAACCUGUAGAUGUACAGUGUCUCCUUAGUAUAGAGUCCACUUUUGCAGUUUCUUGAUUAUCCUAAUUGCCUGCAGUCACUCAUGGAAUUCGAUUUUGAAAAAGAAAAAAAUGUGACCUGCCACCCCGAAACCAACAAGAGGUUGCCAAUAAAAUAAUUGUCGUUUUCAUUGGCCCGUAUUCUGAAGUCGAGUUUAACUUAAACUCAGGUUUAAAGUUGCGGUUUAAGUAUGGACAGCCAAUUGUUACAUAAAUCACUAACGGUAGAGACAUCAUAUUUCAGCUCAUUUGGCUCUCAAAUCAUUCAUAAUUGUCUAGGAAGUAUAUAUAGAUUAUUGUCUUCACCAUCGAUGAAUCAGGAAAGAGCACAGUAAACAUAAGAAACGUACAACUUGAUUAAAAAAAUUAAUACUUUUGGCUUCCCAUACUUAAACCACAACUUUAAACCUGAGUCUAAGUUAAACCUGACUUCAGAAUACGGGCCAAUAGUUUGAAAAAGGACUUCCAAAAAUAAAGAGAAAACAUUUGAAGUUCAGGGUUCAUUCAAGCAUGAGAUGUGAACACUAUGCAAUCUCAGUGAAACUUCCAAGCACUUCACAAAUUCUAGUGUCAAGGAAAGUCCUGUUUUUCGUUAUCUUUUCAACUGUACAACUUGAAACUUUGACAGUACGAAGAAGAAGAAUUACUCUUUCAGAUACGCUAUCGUUUAAUUUUUGCUUUUUGAGGACCAAAUUACUGUUUUUGCUAUUUACAGAGAACCUUGGUAUUGGGGUUGCUGGUCAUAAAUGCAGGUUCUGCUAUUCCUGAAUUAGCGUCACUGAAAUAACUGAUCAACUCACCAUGCUCUCUAUAAUAUGCAACAAAAUGCAAAUAUGAGUAAUUUCAUUUGAAAUUUUGCAUUUUUCCUAAAAUUUACUUUGACUUGUGUGUUUGAAAAUUUUUGCCCAAUCUCACAAAGCAGUCAUCUGCACAUCCUGGUCAGUAUAUAAAUGUGGGAACCAAUGAUGUCAACCACUCACUGUUUAGGAAUCUAACAAAAGAAAUGUAAUUAUAAAAUAUUUUAGUUUUCUCCUCAAUAGUGUAAAAUAAAAUUUG